AUGGCACCAGAAUUUGCGGACGCUCAAGCUAAAACCUUCCUCGAUGAUGAUCGUGUUAUGGCAUCUUAUCCCGUCACAUACGUGCGCAGUCUCGAGGCAAAAGUCAAGUCUCUCGAAAAGGAAAUCAAUUCACUAAGAUCCGCGACAGGAAGAGAACUAGACUCUCGAGUGGAACUCAUAAAUCCGGAUACAAGUGAUAUUAACAUUGCCCUCGGUCGUCAAGAGACGGAGGCAAACAGCACGAACUUGCUUUAUGAGCCCUCGCCUACCCAGCUGCCUCUCUUGCAGUCCUCCCCUUCCUUCGUCGAAGAGCUCAAAAUCCUCUCCUUCGAGGCAACGGCUGAUCGUCAUUUGGGAUCUUCCUCCGGCCUCUCCUUCGCCAAGCUGACACAAACCGUUCUUCGGCGUCUGAAUCCCGACAAGGCCGACUUUAGCUUCGCUCAUUUUGAACCCGAGGGUGGCAUGUGGCCGCAGUUGAACCUUCCCUCCUCGACUUCGGACCUCUUGGAUUCAACGUUGUUCAGUGGAUUCAGAGACCCUUUCAUGUGCUACCCUUCGAUGCUUGACGAGUUCUCCCCGACCGCGCCAACCGAGCCCAUCUCCCUUCCAGAGCAACAGGUCUCUCUUGAAGGCAGUCAUGUUGACCAGCUCAUACGUUUCUACUUUGCUCACUCGCAUACGUUAUACCCGAUCGUUCACCGCCAGGAGUUCAAUAAUAUACUGGAGCAUGUUCGAGCGGAUCCUCAGUGUGCUUUAGCUCAAUCAUCCCUAUGUCAAUUUCGCCUAUGGAUGGUCCUUGCCAUUGGAUCAACUGCGCAAUGCUCAGUCACCCUUUCAGAUGAGCACGAAUCAAUGAUGUACUACAAGAAAGCACUCGAGCACUUUGAGGGGGCUCUCGAUUAUGGAUACAUGGUACGAAUCUCCGUAUACAUGGACAUUGGCCUACCAGCCGACGUGUCUGAAAAGCGGAAGAGGCUCUUCUUUUCCGUUUACAUGAUGGAUCGCGUAGUAUCUAUGGCUCUAGGUCGCCCAUUCGCCAUCAAUGAAGAUGACAUCGAUGUGACGCCCUUCGCGGUGGAAGAUGAAAGUGACGUUGGGGCACAAAUUGAUCUGCCCGAGAACUCAUUUAAGCCUUCUAUACUAACCGUUCCUCUCCACAUCCUCGAGCUACGGCAGAUUGCCAGCAACAUCACGACUUCAGUCUAUUCGCACCGAAUGUCAGCCAGCCUCAAUGCCGAACAGCGCGAAGAGGUAUCAAACUCGCUCCACCAAAGACUUCUUAACUGGCGUCGCAAUAUGCCAUUUCCUCUUCCAAACACCGACGCCGCAGUGCCGCACCUCAACAGCAGCUGGUAUGACUUCAACUAUUAUCUCCACGUCGCCAUGUUGUAUCGACCAUCUCCGCUAUUCCCGACUCUGCCAGAACCCCGUGUCAAACCUGAUAAUCUCAUCUCUGUUUUGAGAGACAAGGGAGCAGUGGCGGACCUUGACUUGACUAUCGAGCUAUUUGACAAGCUUAGCGUCAAGUUCCCUGUGGCUGGCAAGAUAUGUCGAAUGGUUGAACAGAUAUCUACUAGAUCGUUCCAGUCUCUGGGGCAUAAAGGGGUUAUUGAAGAGGCUUUCUCACUCGUGCCUGUCCUCGCAACGACUCUGGCGUUACUGGCCUGCUAUGUCGCCUAUAAUGUUGCCUUCGGCACUGACAUCCCUCACAUCAAGGGACUUCCUCAAAUGCCUGGCGCUGUUCCAAUUUUUGGACAUCUUCUAAGGCUCGGCGAAGACCACGCGAGCACUUGCGAGAAUUGGUGGCGGAAAGGGAACCCAUCCACCUUCCAAAUCAAGCUGGGAAACACGAGAGCCGUAGUGUUCAACUCAUAUGAAGACAUCCGUCGUCUGCUCAUUGGCUAUCAGAAUGCAGUCAUUGACCGGCCGAAAUUGUACACCUUCCACGGUCUCAUCAGCAGUACGCAGGGCUUCACGAUCGGGUCGUCGCCCUGGGAUGACUCGUGCCGCCGAAAACGCAAGGCCGCAGGCACGGCGCUUGGAAGACCCGCCCUUCGGAGUUACUAUCCGAUGUUCGACCUCGAGAGCUAUUGCAUCCUCCGAGAUCUGCAUAAGGACAGUCGCAACGGUGAGGUGGAGAUUAGCGUGCGACCGUAUAUCCAGCGAUAUGCGUUGAACACCACCUUGACGCUCUGCUACGGUAUUCGAAUGGACGCUGUCUACGAUGACCUGUUACGCGAGAUUCUGCACGUUGGUUCGGCAAUCUCGCUCUUGCGUAGUGCUUCAGAGAACACCCAAGACUACGUCCCCAUCAUGCGGUACUUCCCAAACAAUGAGAAGAGCCGUCGUUCUAAAGAUCUCAGGGAACGCCGAGACGCGUAUUUGAAUCUGCUUCUGGAUAAAGUGCGGGAGCAGAUCAAGCGGGGCACCGAUAAGCCCUGCAUUUCAGCAGCAAUUUUGAAGAACGAAGAAACUAAGCUUAGCGGGGUUGAAGUCUCGUCCAUCUGCCUGUCGCUUGUGUCCGGAGGAUUCGAGACGAUACCGGGGACUCUCACCUCGGCUAUCGGAUCCCUUGCCACAAAGGAGGGACAGGCCUGGCAGGACCGGGCUUACGAAGAUAUCAAGCGUUACUACCCAGACGUGCGCGAAGCAUGGGCUUCCUGCUACGUAGAAGAGAAAAUUCCCUACAUCAAUGCCAUUAUUAGGGGAGUUUUGCUAUCCGGGUAG